AUGACUCCAACCCUUCCACCUAUGCCGCUACCCGGCCUCGUAAUAAUUCCCAACUGGACAGCCCAGCAUCAAGAGACCUUCCUCAUGAAGAACGAAGACACACCCAAAGGCAAAUGCCAAAGUCUGGUGAGCUACCUUACACCCGACGGCAAAGCUGGAGCCCCUUUCCUUCAAAUCAAAGAAGAAGAAACAGAUGUAAUCCUGUUCAAGACGAUGGAGGGACAAGAAGCGAUGCGGAUCAAUGUCGAGCGACACAACAUCAAGCUCGAGACGGAGUAUAGGGCACUGAGGAGUGCGGAUGCGAAAGCGAUAUGGGACGUUGAGUUGAAGAUCUCAUGGAGGAUUCCUAAAUGGGACCUUACGAUCCAUGACAAGUACCUCGAGAACCAGAAUAUCGAGUUCGAAAAAGACGUCGCUGGCGAAGAGAGAGGCCUUGUCGCUAACGGCAAUCCGGUCAUGACUGUCUCUCGACACGCCAAGUGGGCGCACAGGCAUGCCGAGUGGGUCGUGCAUGUAGCGCCGGGUAUGGAUCUCUUGCUGGCACUGGGUAUGGCAUGGAUCCGAACAGAUCAGCAAAAGACAGCCGAUGCGGUUUCGGGUACUGUCAUAAUGUUUUAG